UAAGGGCGACUAUGGUUACUCCGACCUGUUGAGUACACUCAUCACCAACAUUAGCAUCCACACAUCCUAGUACUCCGGAGACCGUCGAGAAUUCAUGCCCAACGAUUGUUGCAGCAAUAGCAAUAGAUUGGAUGCAUGGGACCAGGAAGAUGGAGACUGGGUCCCUGGCAAAAAAGAAAGCUAGGGGGGUUGGGUGUAACUAGGGUGCGAUGCCAUGGCCAUUGUCAGGAUUACUGUUGCGACUGUGCUCUGUUCGGUGGGUAAGGGCGAUCAAUCAUUGACAGCAGCAGCAUCACUAUCACCAUCACGACAGAGGAGACGGGCGAUGAGAGAUGAAGAUCUCAGCCCCAUGAUUAUUGGUACCAUACCAUGGAAAUCGAGACGAAGCCAGAAGAACCGGGAGGAAACGCCUGACGGAAUAAUGGAAAGGAAUGGAAGGGGAGGAGAGGAGAAGGGAUUCGCAACUCCACUGGACACUUCACCCGCCGCAGAUCACUGGACCGCCCAACCCGGACUAGUGGCUUCCCCCCCGAUCGCAACAAUUCAACAAUUCCCCUUCACAUUCCCCCCAAAUAUUCCAGGUACUAUGUAAGUAACAGUACUAGGCACCACAGACUUCCAUCGUGUCUCCAGUCCUCGACGAUAUUCCCCGAUCCUCGGGAUCUAUCUCUCUAUCUAUCUCUCUGGUGAUAAGCAUCUCGAUGGGAAAGAAACCUAGUAGGAUGAUGGACUGUCGCACCCACCGAUAAGUGAGGCGUUGCUGCUCUGGC